CAAGAGAGGAUAUAUAAUAAUAUAUGGAUCUAAAAUACGAAAAGCCGUUAAAAUUACUUGCAAGUGUGCGGUAUUAUUUGGAAGAAAGUAUAAGUCAUUACGUCAAUCGGUGGUGGUUCGAUGAUUUUUAUCGUGAAAUAAAGCACAAGCUUAUUUAGAUGGAACAAACAUUGAUUUUUUUGUCUGAUAACACGAAAAAGUGUGUGACAAAGUAGUUACCUAGAAUAUGGCAUCGCGAGAAAAUUAAAGUCAGGACGUCACAUGCAUUUACCGCAUACUUAAUGGUAUGAUAAAUUGCUUAAUCAUGUUAUUUAAAGAUCUCGUCAGACUGUGAACCACGAUGCAGCAAUACAUACGAGAUAGACUCGAUGACAAAUACGGCAGAGAGUAACUGGAAUGGACGGAACUCUCCUGAAAUUUCUUGUGGACGCGAGCAUACUCUUUGCUCCUACGAGGAUGACCGCCUUCUUGUGCAUCGAUCAAAAUGAUGCCUUGCAUUUAUUAAGAGCAAUGUCAAAUGCUCAUUUAUCAUAUGAUAUUAGAAUAUCUAAUCACAAUCUCGAUAUGAGAGUUUCCCGCGAGAAUCGACAUUACGUCUCGUUCUUACUCGACCUCAACUGCCCCGAGGCCAUCACAAUAUUGCGGCAGGCGAACGAGAGUGCAUUAUUUGUAGGGCCGCUCAAAUGGCUCAUUCUACAAGAUUUAAAGGAUAGGAAGAAACAAAACGAUUCAUAUCUAGAUAGUGUCUUUGGAAACCUCGCAAUCUUCCCGGACAGUGAGUUAGUAUUGGCCCAAAGACUUGAUAAAAAUUCAACGAGAUUACUCUCUCCAUAUCGACCGAGUCCUUAUCAUAAAUUAAUUAUUGAGGAAAUAGGAUUAUGGGAUUUACAAAAUGGAGUAACUCUUCUGAAUCAUGACGUGUCAUCGAGAAGAAGAAGGAAUCUUGCAAACACUCCGCUAAAAUCAUGUUUGGUGGUGACGGAUCCUGAUACAAUAAAUCAUUUAACAGAUUAUCAGGACAAGCAUUCAGAUACUAUCACAAAAACUAAUUACCCAUGGAUAAUGCACCUCGUCCGAAUGAUGAAUGCUACAGUGACUUUCUCCAUCGCAAAUACUUGGGGGUACCGAAGUAAAAACGGCUCUUGGAGCGGCAUGAUCGGUCAGUUAGCCAGGGGUGAAAUCGAUAUAGGUGGAACGGCGACAUUCUUUACAGCUGAGCGUAUUGGGGUAGUGCAAUAUAUUUCACUCUACACUCCUACUAGAGCUAAGUUUAUUUUUCGACAACCACCAUUGUCUUUCGUCAGUAAUGUCUUCACACUGCCAUUCCGACGAUCCGUUUGGAUUGCUAUUGGAGUAUUUAUGAUCUUGAUAUUUUGCUUACUCCAUCUGACAUUGAAAUGGGAAUGGUUCAACACCUCGGCAGAAGAAAGAGUAAGACGUCAUUGGUCAGGGAAUGUCUAUCAGCCAACUAUGAGCGACAAUCUCCUCAUUCUUGUCGGCGCUGUAUCUCAACAAGGUUCCUCUUAUGAGGCCAGAGCAAUACCAGCUCGUAUUAUUAUUCUCAUGUUACUUGUGGCUACCCUAAGCCUUUACGCUUCUUACACGGCUAACAUAGUCGCAUUGCUACAGUCCACUACUGAUUCCAUUACCACUCUCGAUGACUUACUACACAGCCCAUUGAAAAUUGGAGUUCAUGACAUUGUAUACAAUCGCUACUACUUUGAGUCCUUUCAAGAUCCUAUAAGGAAGACAAUUUACGAGCAGAAAGUGGCUCCAAAAGGACGAAAGUCUGCGUGGAUGAACUUGGAGGAAGGCGUAAGUCGCCUGCGACAAGGACUAUUUGCAUUUCAUGGAGAACUCGGCUCUGUGUACAAAAUAGUUCAAGAAACUUUCAAUGAAGACGAGAAAUGUGGUUUUCAAGAAAUUGACUAUUUAAACGUUCUCGACCCAUUGAUAGCCAUUCAAAAAGAAUCUCCUUAUCUUGAAAUUAUACGUAUAGGAGCCCUUAAGAUACAUGAAAAUGGCUUGCAGACCCGAGAGAUAAGACGAUUGUACACGAAAAAACCUGUAUGUCAUAAACAUGCAAGUUUUGUAAGUGUAGGUUUGACUGAAUGUUACGCCGCGUUUAUCACACUUAGUUACGGUACUCUCAUCGCUUUUACUAUUUUCAUCCUAGAAAUCAUAUGGUAUAAAAGAGGAAUAGUCGAGGACGUAGUACAGCCGUUUGAUUACGUAAAAUAAAUAAAGUGAAUCCAGAAACUUUUCUGGAAUUAUCUAAAUUAUCUGAUUAAGCAGUUAACUGUAGCUUUUUUAGAGAUGUGUUAAUAGAAAAUAUUCUAUUAUUUACAGUAUGCACAACAAAUUCAUAUGUCACAUCAAAAUAAAUUAGUACUAGGCUUAGUAUUAUAAUAAAAUAAUUUACAUCUUGGCAGGCAGAAAGUGUUGAUAAUAAUUUUUUGUGAAGUCCAUCAUUAAAUCCUGAGUACACUCUGGUAAAUCUUCUGUACAGGUGGCAGGACUACCCGAAAAUCUAGUAAAUGAAGGUACUACAGUUUCUGGUGGAACAACAGCGCCAUCUUCAAUGUAGCAGC